GAAUCUCCGCUUGAUUUUGGGCUUCAUUGCAGGGGAAAAGGGGAAUCUUUGAUCAGCAAUUGUUGCAUGUGUGUAUGCAUAUAUGUUUUGGUCACCAUCUGCAAGGUGUUUGAUAAAAGUCUUGUGUGAAAUGGAAUCAUAUCCUACACUGGAAGCCAAGAAUAAUGGUGGUAGUAAUGAUAAUAGCCCAAUGCCACUGAGAGAAGUUCACCCCCCUCCUAGAAGCUAUUACCCAUACCCACCUCCUCUGGCUUCAUAUCAGGAUGUCAUGGCCUCACCUCAGCUCUUCAUGGACACACUCCAGAAGCUCCAUGCUUCUCUUGGUACCAAGUUCAAGAUUCCUGUGAUUGGAGGGAAAUACCUUGACUUACAUCGUCUCUUUGUGGAGGUUACUUCUAGAGGUGGUCUUUCAAAGGUUCUUGGAGAUAAAAGGUGGAAAGAAGUGACUUCUACUUUUAGCUUUCCUUCCUCAGCUACAAAUGCUUCUUUUGUUCUUAGGAAAUAUUAUGCUUCGUUGCUUCACCACUAUGAGCGAAUCUAUUUUUUUAAUGCUAAAUGUUGGACUCCAUCAGCUGAUGCUUUGAAGAAUGUUGCCACGAUAACUGCUCCGCCUACCAGGUUGUCUGAAACAGUUACUCCAGUGGAAGUGCCCAUUCCACAAACAGUAAUAGCAGCAAAAGGAACUGUGAGACCGUCAGAAGGUUCAGAAGUGUGUGGUGUUAUUGAUGGGAAGUUUGAGAGUGGGUAUCUGAUAACGGUAAAAAUAGGAUCAGAAGAAUUCAAAGGUGUCCUAUACGCCCCGGUAGAUCAAGUAGUUCAACAGAAUCAAGAUGUGUCCCAAAUGCAAGUUGUUAUUGCAAACAGCAACGAUAAUAACACAUUGGGAACGGUUAAGAGAAAGCGUAGGAAGAAAUGCGAAAUCAAAAGGAGAGACCCUUUUCGUCCUAAGCCGAACAGAAGUGGUUAUAACUUUUUCUUUCAAGAACAGCACGGGAAAUUGAAACCACUCUUUACUGGGAAAGAUAGGGAGAUCAGUAGGAUGAUUGGAGAGUCAUGGAACAAACUGAAUGAUUCUGAAAAAGCGAUUUAUCAGGAGAGGGCUAUGAAGGACAAAGAACGUUACAGAUUGGAGUUGGAGGACUAUCAGAAGAGGUUAGGGACCGGGCAAGUCCUAAGUCAUGAUGUAUUACCAUUGCAGCACUCACCAUUCAUCACACCAACUAAAGACAUGAAUGGUUCCCCAUCAAAUGAUGGUGGUGACAAUGAUGAUGAUGAUGAUGAUGAUGAUGAUCAUGGUCAUGACGAUGAUGGUGAUGAUGAUGACGAUGAUGAUGGUGAUGAUGAUGAUGAAAGCUUGAGCAAGAGCGAGCGGAGCCCCUUGGAAGACCACAAAGUUGAUGUUAAGGUGGCUUUCGAUUUGGAAGUUGCAGUAGAAACAGAGGUGGAAACUUGAGAGUGACACUUUGGAGAAUAGAGCAGUUGACAAUGGAGUGCCAGUAGGCAGUAGGAAAAUGGUGUUCUUCAUUACCUGUGGAAAGGUAAUUCUUCUGUACCCAACUAGUGGAGGAAUUGUGGAAGACUUUUCACACAAAAAUUAAUUAGUAGGAAUAUG